AUGUCCAUCAGUGAAACAAUGAAUACAUUUGUUUGCACAAAAAGUGACUCUCAUUUUUUUCGUUUGAAACGUAAAAUUUUUCGAAAGUGCUUAAUUUGCAAAAUUCGCAAGUUUCGUUGGAUGACGAUGUUUAAAUGCAGAGAAUGUAAAUUAUUAUGUCACAGAAAAUGUUUUUAUAAACUAUUCGAAGUUGAAUUGAAUGCACCCGAAGUACAGACUGCAACACCUGCAACGGAAGACCAGCAGCAACAGGUCGAAUUUGCGUUGCAGCGAACGACUGAAACGAUUGAUACCGGGAAUAUGGUUGUAAUUUUUCUACCGCAACGGAUAUUGAUACGCAUCGAAUAUUGGGAUAUGGUCGAUAGGGUGAACGCCGCGAAAUACAAUCAACGGCCAUGUCCCUUGGUAAAUUGUACUGACCAGAAUUAUUUGGUUUGGGGACAAGAAAGUCACUUGAUCACCAGGUUUGAAAUGGACGACGGCGACGAAUACUACGUGUUAACGACAUGCAGCCUCGACGAAGUACACCGGUACAACGGUCUUACCGUAUUCUUCUACAGCCCGUCGCCAUGGCGCGAAAUCGUAAGUGUAAUUAAUAAUGCUCCAAAGUAG